GUGUGUGGGGGAGGGUCGAGGAGGAGGAAAAAAUAAGACGUGGCAGCUGAGACCCAAGACGGGUUUCUGUGCGCGCGUGUGUGCGUGUGAGCGCGCGCGCUGCUGGAGCUGGGUCUCCCGUGCCUCCUCCGACCUGCACCUCCCGGCCUCGGCUGUGCAAUGUCCCGCCUGCUGCACGCGGAAGAGUGGGCUGAAGUGAAGGAGUUGGGGGACCACCAUCGCCAUCCCCAGGCCCACCACCUCUCGCAGCCGGCGCCCCAGCCCCCUGCCACCCUGCAGACGAGGGAGCACACGGUGUACCCGGCUGAGCUGUCCCUCCUGGACGGCACCGACCCACGCGCCUGGCUGGCGCCCGCUUUGCAGGGCAUCUGCACGGCACGCGCCGCCCAGUACUUGCUGCACUCGCCCGAGCUGGGAGCCUCCGAGGCCGCGGCGCCCCUAGAGGAGGCGGACGGCCGGGGGGAGCUGGGAAGGAGGAGCAGCGGCGGCGGCCUUAGCAAGAGCCCUGGGCCGGUGAAAGUGCGGGAACAAUUGUGCAAGUUGAAAGGCGGGGUGGUGGUGGACGAGCUGAGCUGCAGCCGCCAGCGAGCCCCCUCCAGCAAACAGGUGAAUGGGGUGCAGAAGCAGAGAAGGCUAGCGGCCAACGCCAGGGAGCGGCGCCGGAUGCACGGUCUGAACCACGCCUUCGACCAGCUGCGCAACGUUAUUCCGUCCUUCAACAACGACAAAAAGCUGUCCAAGUACGAGACCCUGCAGAUGGCCCAGAUCUACAUCAAUGCCCUGUCCGAGCUGCUGCAGACGCCCAGCGGCGGGGAGCAGCCCCCGCCGCCGCCGGCCUCCUGCAAAGGUGACCACCACCACCUCCGCGCCACGGCCUCCUACGAAGGCGGCGCGGGCAAUGCGACAGCGGCAGGGGUGCAGCCGGCCUCGGGAGCCGGCCCGCGCCCCGCCGCGCCCGGGACUUGCCGGACUCGCUUCUCGGCCCCGGCCUCCGCGGGAGGUUACACCGUGCAGCUGGACGCCCUACACUUCUCCACUUUCGAGGACAGCGCCCUGACGGCGAUGAUGGCGCAAAAGAACUUGUCGCCUUCGCUGCCCGGAGGCAUCCUGCAGCCGGGGCCGGAGGACGCUAGCAAAACUUCGCCCCGGUCUCACAGAAGCGACGGAGAGUUUUCCCCCCAUUCCCAUUACAGUGACUCGGAUGAGGCCAGUUAGGAAGGUGACAGGACCCUAGAAACUGAGACAGAAACAAACUACCCUCUCCCCAGGGCGCAGGACCCCACACCCCUUAAUUUUUGCUCUGCUGUUGUCCUUGUUUAGCAAGGGCUUGGCUUCUGGCUGCAGCUACAUUUGAUGGUUUGCAAAUGCCUUCGCUGUUUUCAAACUUCCUGUGGUCCAUAUUGUUCGAUGAAACCUUGCUGUCCAAAUUUUACCUUUCCCCCACUUUCUACUUCGCCUGUAGAUAGAUGCGGUAUAAUUAUUUGUACCCAUACGUGGCAUCAUGAUUGUAGUCCUUGCUGCCAAGACGCUGCUAAAAAGUCGCAUCUUCUGCUCUGACGCUGGUUUGAGUUUAUUUUACACCCUGGGCGUCCAUCCCUGUGUGUUACGCGCACUCCUGUGGGAGAAUUUGUCUCCCAAAAUUGUUUCCCCAAAUGCAGUAUGAGUAGCAGUCACUGCUUCCAAAGUGAGUAGCUUUUUGCUGUGGGAUUGUUAGAAGACAGGGACCUGUAGGGGUUUAUGUAUAGUACGAACAUACCCAGUAUGCGUAUCGAUCGCGAGGACGGUGGCGUCCUUCAGGAAACGGGCGCACGCACUUUAUCGGUCGCUGUUGCUGCGGCUCCGGGAGAAACUUACCUGCCAAUUGCAGACCAGCCUUUGUUUGUUUGUUUGUUUU